AUGCCUGAACCAGCCAAACCCGCGCCCAAGAAGGGCUCUAAGAAGACCGUCACCAAGACCGCCGUUAAGGGAGGAAAGAAGCGCAGAAAGUCCAGGAAGGAGAGUUACGCCAUCUACGUGUACAAAGUGCUCAAGCAGGUCCACCCCGACACCGGCAUCUCUUCCAAGGCGAUGGGCAUCAUGAACUCUUUCGUCAACGACAUCUUCGAGCGCAUCGCCGGUGAGUCGUCUCGUCUCGCGCACUACAACAAGCGCUCCACCAUCACGUCGAGAGAGAUCCAGACCGCCGUGCGUCUGCUGCUGCCCGGUGAACUCGCCAAACACGCCGUGUCCGAGGGCACCAAAGCCGUCACCAAGUACACCAGCUCCAAGUAAAGCGCCGCUUUCAUCCGCCGCACACAAAGGCUCUUUUAAGAGCCACACACUUAUUCUUUUAAAAGAGAUUUUCAUGUUUGUAAAGUUGUGAGCUGUAUUUUUUUCAUUAGUGUUAUGAUUUAAAUAACGAUUUGAUUAAUGUCAAAUAUGUUUACAUUUGAUGGUUUUCCCUUAGACAAAACAGCCAUUUUUGAUUUUCAGAAUGACUUAAUUUGUGUGACAAGUUAUUAAAAAUAUUAAGAUUAAUUUUGGUUCAUUAUGGGCACUAAUGUAAAACUUACUGCAGUAAAACAAAAUUAGAAGUCUUUAGAUAGAAAAGUGGAUACAGUUUUCUAAUUUGCAAAUUAUCUUGAUAAUGUAUUUAAUUUAAAGAUGGUUUGAAGAUGUCUUUAAAGAUAGAUACAACUGAUAAAUAGACAAACAAUUGCUCAACUUCAAAUAAACUAAACAUGUUAUUUUAUGUUAUAUCAAAACUUGAUGAGCAACUGAAUGACAACUUCACUAAACAUCUGAUGAUAGACUUCAGACACCAGUAAACUUCAGUCUUUAUAUGAGUUUUUAAUAGAGGAAAGCAGAAGAUUUUCUUGUAUAUUGUACUCGAAAGU